AUGAUGAAUUAUUCAUCAGAAAUGGUUACAUGUUUGUUCUACUUCUUGUUCAUUCUCUUCCUUGCUGGCCAUGGAGCAAGCUUGGAUUGCAUAAGAUCUUGUGGGAAGCAUGGCCCUAAAAUCCGAUUUCCUUUCCGAAUCAAGGACAAGCAAGCAGACCACUGUGGCUAUCCUGGUUUUGAUCUAUCCUGCUCAGAGGGAAAGGAUACGAUGCUUGAGCUGCCAACUGGAGUGAAACUCCGCAUUGAAAGAAUCGAUUAUAGACAUCAAGUUAUUCAUGCAAGGGAUUCUCAAUGUUUCUUUCUAAGGCGUUUGAACUUCAGUUUAUCUGCGUCUCACUUCCAAAUUAAGGAUGAUUGGAUGUGUAAUCAGACCUUAUUCAAUUGUUCUUCUAAUGGGGAAAGAUCUCCGAACAUAGUUAAAAUCCCAUGUCUGAGUACUUUUCACCACGAAGUUUAUGCUGCUGAAUCAAGUCAUUCUAAAACUAUUUACUACCUUUGUCUUGGUCCAAUCCAAGUUGUGGAUCUUCGGAAACUGAAUGCUACAACAUUCACGAGCAAACUAAAGGUGUAA